GCACCCUUAUUAUAUAUAUUUUGUCUUCCAGAUAAAAACAGACAUUUCAAUGAAUUAUUGUCUUCUAAUGGCCACCGUAUGGAAAACAUGACGGCAGAUUUACGAAAUUACCGUUCUCUGGCGGAGAGCCACAGAAAAUCACUGGAAGAGAAAAAAGAUUAUGUACAUGGUCUUCAACGGAAUAUGGAUAAGCUUACUUACGAAAAUGAAAAAUUAAAAGAAGAACGUGACAGAUAUCACCAAGAGAGCUUUGAAUUAAAAGACAGAUGCCAAGGUUUGACCGAGGAGCUAGAACAGUCAAGAAAUGAAAGCAGAGAACUGAGGGAACAAGCCGAAGCUGCUGAUGGUACAAGUGAAAAUAGAUCAUUCCCAAAUCAAGGCCAUUUUCCAAAUCUUUUCACAAGUACUCCAGCAGGUCCUCCGAACGUGAGUUUUCAAGGUCCAGGAUUUUUUGCACAUGGAACUGGUAUCCCUGGAUCCCGAAGAAACUAGACGCAGAUGUGAAAUACUGUAUCUCUUGGUUGUCUCCCUGUAUAAUCUGGCUUUACAAAAAUUUAUUAUCGCUUGAGUGUGUACAAUGAAC